AUGAAAUUGAUUCUUAUUAUCGGUUAUAUUCUGUGCAUUUCAAGUUCCAAAUCUCUUGAUUUCAAAGUGAUGCUUUCCCAAAUAGACCAACAUCAUAUAGGCUAAACCUUUUUAAAUGCUCUGCAAAUAGGCCUAGCAAGUGGAUCCCCUGUUCAUGAGAUUCAGAGCUAUCUCAAUAACAUUAGGUAUCCAGCAUCAUUCUAUAUUAGACUCAUGCUUUAAUCAGAAUAGAAAGAGGCAGAUAAUUUUAUAUUGGAAACACAAACAAAAUGUUAGAGAAUAUUGCAUGAUUUCUCAUCCAAUUAUGCAUAUCAUAGUACUUAACUGAUAGCAAAUCAAAAGAUUCUGCAGGUACACACUUGGUUUCAUUUAAGGAAAACACAGAAAAUCUGCAAAGAGCAUUAAAUAAAAUAGCUGAAGUUAGUGUGGAAAUUGAUUAAAAUAUGUUGAAAAAUAACGCUGGUUAGAGUGAAAGGGAUCAACAAUAUGCAGAAUUAUAAUCUACUCUUAAAGAUCACAAUGAAGCUAUUUCAGCCAUUGAUGAAGCCUAUGCUCUUAUUGAACAUUUAGCCAAUGGAUCAUCUUAUAUUUAAGUUAAAGGCCGUUUCAAUAAAGUUAUAAAUCGACUCACCUAGCAAUCUUCCGGUAUUAUUCGUCUCUUACAACCCAUCAUAACAAUGAUGUCCCAAUUAGCAUCCAACACAGAUGAAACCAAAAAACUACUUCUCUUGUUGAGUGGAUUGAAAGUCCAAAUCCUGGAAGCCAAAAGCAAAGAUGAAGAUCUUGAAAAAGUGGCUGCCUUGAAUUGGUAGUAAUUUUCAAAUGAUCUCAUUAAUGAACAAAAUGCUCUCUCUGAUCAAAGACAAAAUCUAGAAUAAUCCAUACUUAAUUAUUAGAGCAUCAUCGAAGAAUCCAAAGAAAAACUAAAAUACCAUUAGGUUGAGUUUAUUAUAAAUAAAGUAUAAAAGUGAUUAAAUAGGAAAAUGUGGAAAAUCAGGAUAUCUGGUGCAGAUAACAAUAGGAUAUCUACUCGAUUGAUUUGUAGUCCAGAAACUAAGCCAUGUCUAUGGUCUCAAAAAUAGUAGAUCACAUGUAGGAUAAGGUUGUAACACUAAAAGAAUAUUUAAGAGAGAGACAUCAAAUUCAGUCAUGA